UGCUGUUGCUAGAUUAACCAAUAAUUUUGUCUUGUGAUGAACGUAAUAAUGGAUAACAAAAGUUGAUGAAAAUAUCUUUUUAAACCACAUCAUAUCUUACAAAUAUGAGCACAUCCACAGCAGAGAGACGAAGGCCAACAAAAAGGCUGGCUAACUCGGCCUUAUAUUGUAAAUCAGGGUGUGGGUUCUAUGGAAAUCCAGCAUGGGAAGGAUACUGCUCUAAAUGUUACAAAGAAUAUAUGCAAAAAACCCAGCAUAGAACAACAUCAUUAAGUUCUGAAGAUUUUCUAACAAAACCAUUGCCCACUCCACAAGAAUAUCAAGGUGUUGAAGUUGGACAACUGAAGUUUGCAAAGUUUGCAGAAAAGAAGAAGGAACAGAAAGACUCUAAAAAGGCAAGUGUUAAAAAGUUUUUCAAGAAGAGUUCUGGUAGACCCUCAUCACCUGGCAGAUCGCCCAGUCCAAAUUUUAGAUCACCUAUUGUUUCCAAAGAAGAACAAGCAAAUGCCAAAGCUGAAAGAGCGAAAGCGUCAAGAGAUUUUGUAGAAUUCUUGAAAACACUGCGGACACCAGCAGUCCAAGGUGUUGCAGAUAGAUGCAAAAGGUUUAUUGUGCGAAUUUUGAGCAGUCCACAGUUGACUGUCAAUCAACAUAGUGAACUUGUACAAGACUUUUAUGUUAAAAUGGCCGAAGAUCUCCAGUCACAUCCUGCAUUGAAAGAUACAAAUGCUGAUCAACUCGAAAAGAUGAUGGAUGGAAUUGAAAAAUACAUAAUGACUCAGAUUUAUAAGGCGGUUUUCUGCCACCCUUCUUCUGACGACGAAGACCGGGAUCUUGGAUUACAAAAGACCAUUCGAAGUUUUCAGUGGAUAACUGAACAACAUCUUGAAGCCGAGAUUGAUAUGCAGAACGAAGAAGUGCAAAAAUUGGUGGAAGGGGCGCAGGAUGAUCUUUUGGAGAUGAACACAAAGCGAGCGCCACAAGACAAGCUUGCUUGCAUAGUAAAGUGCAGCAAGUGUAUUUUUCAAAUUUUGCAACUAUCCAGCAGUGAAAUAGCUGCCAGUGCAGAUGAUUUUCUACCAUGCUUGAUUUUUGUCGUUCUCAAGGCAAACCCAACCCUUCUACAGUCAAACAUCCAAUACAUAACCAGAUUCUGCAAUUCAAACAAACUGAUGGCUGGAGAAGCAGGCUACUAUUUCACAAAUCUGUGUUGUGCAGUGGCGUUCAUUGAAAAACUCGAUGCUGCUUCUCUGCAGAUGACGCAAGAGGAGUUUGAUCGGUGUAUGCGAGGUGAAAAACCAACCCAGGUUCCACGAACAACCACGUAUUUAGUUAGCUGCAAAGGCCUAGAAAUGAUGCAGGCAAAUAUGGAACAGUUGGCAGAUUUACGGGAAAGGCAGAAUGAUUUAAUGGAAAAAGCAUUGAGAUUUCAAGAAGAUAUGAGAUCCUUUCGAGACAAUCUUAUGAAGGAGGUUGAGCUGAUGAUGCUUGGCGAUCACCCUGGAGGAGAACUUGUCUAUUUGCAACAACAGCAGCAAUAAUGACUGUUCAACGAAGAAUGAUUUUCUAAUGUUUCAGCUUUUCUUUGUGAAAGAAAGGUGUUUUCUUGAUACAAUGCUUGACUGUGUUUAAACUGACGUAAACUGGGGCUUUAUACUAGCAAAAGGGUUUAAUUAAGAAGAGAUUUGGCUUCUUUUGGGUUAUGUAGUUGUAUCGAUGUCUUCAAGGAGCACGCCAGUUUCUGAAGACGAAACUUUCUACAACUUGCACGAGUAUGCAAAUAUGGUUUUUGAAAACCAUGACAUCAGAAUCACCCGGGAGUUCACAGUAAAUAUAACAUAGUCAGAAACGGCGUGCUCGCUGGACGAUUCGUGACCCACUUGGUUAACAAGCUGCAGAUGUUUCUGUCUUAUGGAUGGAGAUUGUGAAUUAUGAGUCUUUCAUCAAAACGAGAAAAUACAGUAUAAAGGGCGGUCGACAGGCUAAUUGAGAUUCGUAUAAUUGCAUCUUAGCGGCUUAUGCAAAGCACAUGAAAAUUUUAUACAUCAAAGUAAAUGUAACGUAGCAAAAUAAAGUUCAUUAUGAAUUUUGUUUCUUAGUUUAUAUAAUUCAUAUUUUGAAAAUUGAAUGUCAGAGAGCAUACGUAUAAAUAGUUACUUGUAUCAAAUUAUUAUUCUUAGCAUUAUAGCAGUUUAAUUUAUGCAGA